GCACCCCAAAUUCCCAAGACAUGGCGAGGAGAAGUGGGAUGUAGAAAAAACGGAUGGGAGGCCAUUCAUGUGGGUCUGGACUUCAGCUAAAACGGACAGAAUCUCCCACCACCGUCACCCUCCUCUUCCUCACCUAACCAGUUGAUAUUUCCCAAAUAACUAUCUAAAAAGUGCGGAGCACAUGACCCACUGGUGAAUCCCCCGGGCAGGUCCGACACACAGACUGAAUGAGUCCAUCUUUGGCUGCCGGACGGACUCCUCAAGAGCACAGGACGGAUGCAAACAGACUAAACCCAUCUUGGCAAUUCCAAACACCCUCAGCGUCUCCGCCAGCGGUGCUCUAACCGUGCGGGGUGAAUCUCACACCGGGGGACCAGUCGUUUCACAGGCAGGGAGAAGAUGCCAUUCCACCAUGUGCGGGCGGGCCUGCUCUAUCCAGACAACUACCUGAGCAGCUCCCUGACAGAGGGCAGUGAAGCCUUCCAGCUCACCAGCAUCUCCACAGAGGAGCUGGGAGAGAUCCGUGAGGCAUUUCGUGUUUUGGAUCGUGAUGGGAAUGGUUUCAUCUCCAAACAGGAGCUGGGCAUGGCCAUGCGCUCGCUGGGUUACAUGCCUAGCGAAGUGGAGCUGGCCAUCAUCAUGCAGAGACUGGACAUGGAUGGGGACGGCCAGGUGGACUUUGAGGAGUUCAUGACGAUACUGGGGCCUAAACUGCUGUCGUCCGACAAUAGAGAAGGGUUCCUGGGUAACACCAUUGAUAACAUUUUCUGGCAGUUUGACAUGCAGCAGCUGUCUCUGGAUGAGCUGAAGCAGGUGCUGUUCCACGCCUUCCGGGACCACCUGACAAUGAAGGACAUAGAGAACAUCAUCAUCACCGAGGAGGAGAGCCUCAACGAAACCUCAGGGAACUGCCCUGAGUAUGAGGGAGUCCAUCCUAAGAAGAAGAAUCGGCAGACGUGCGUCAGGAAAAGCCUGAUCUGCGCCUUCGCUAUGGCUUUCAUCAUCAGUGUCAUGCUUAUCGCAGCCAAUCAGAUGCUGCGGAACGGCAUGGAGUAACCAAUUGCACUGUGAGCAUGGGGAGUGGACAGAACAGCCAUGACCUCACAUCUUGUCUUUGCAGCCAAAGCUGGACCAGCCACAACCCGAGCACUUCUCUAAACAAUCAGUUGAGGUUUUUGGUUUUUUUUUUAACUUUAAUUUGAAUUUACCUUGUAGAAGCAGACAAUAUGAGUGAAACAAAGAGAGAGAUAUUUGUUUUGCAUUGAAGAUAUCACCAUGCAAAGUUUCUGGACUUACUGGUCAUAAGGAACUCGAACUGGAAAAGUAUUAUGUUUUUAUAUAAAUCAUGAGACUAAAUAGAGGGUUUUAUUUUGCUGUUUUCAAGACUAAGACCACCCUUUAAACUUGAUUUUAUAAUUACCGAAACUGCUUAUCAGGUGCUUUGAGCCAUUAGUAAUUUAAAAAAACAAACAAUGGUCAUUAUGGACAACUGCUUAUUUACCCCAGAGAAGUUGCACUGAAUGUGAACUGAGAGAAUGUGGGCACUGAAUGUUGGACACAGUAUUUAAAUGCAUAGUAAAUCCCUCACAUCUCAUAUAGUCUUCUAUAAACAUCACACCUUUUGUGAAACACCUACAUCCUCGGCUCAGUCCACCAAUCUCCAUGUGUAUCUACAAGGAGCACAACUCAAUACUCAGUGAGGGACCACUUAAGAAUCACCAUUAUCCCGCUAUCUCUACUCUGUAGUCUUAGUACUGAUUGACUGAUUGAUUGGUUCACUCAACCUUUGUGUGAGUGCGUCAAAGACAGUGUUGACCACAUACGCAAUGUAAGCUCGGGCUGUCUGAGAGGUGUAAAAUGUAUGAAGGUAAAAAGCAAGAGACAUCAAAUCUUUCCAAUUAAAGUGGCGAUAUCGUAAAUUAUUUCUAGUUUUGUGUUAGGAGAAAAUGUUUCACCUUACCAUUUCAUUGUAAUACUGCCCAACCGUGGUAAAUAUAGACCACACAAAAGCAUGCCAGUAUGUACACUGCCAUACCAGACAUUACCCUAACUCCAGUUUCCCAUGGAUUUCAAUGUAUAUAUAGCGCUUCUUAGCUUAUAUAAUGUAUUAUUUCUCUCAACAGCAGAAUGUAUGAAGGGGAGAAACUAGUGAGAUAUAUCAGGGAUAUACAUUAGAGCCGUGACAUACUGUCGCUACAGUUGUUUUCUUGGAAAAGGUUGCAUUCUAGUGGUUAAGAUGAAAACUGCAGCUAAAUGCUUGAACAACCAUGUUUACAAGGUGUUCAAAAGUGAAGAACAGCAGCACUGAUUUUGAGCUUUUUAUGUGUGUUGUAUCAGUGUCACAAGGGUAGUUUGGUCGGUGUUGGUGAACAUUCACUAUUUUUAAUGGCAAAACCAAGAACUAUUUUUUUCCACAUCCCAAAAUUGUGCUGGUGCACCGGUGUACAGCUCAGGAUUGGAUGGGAGACUGAAGGUGCCUGUGAUAGUUUCUGGGGUCAUAGCUACGCUUUAAGGUUCAGAUCUGAUAGCACUACAAUUUUAUAAAAAAGCUUACUGGGACGAAAAAGUUUGGAAAAGACCUUGUUGGUGUUUACAAUCAUUCUCCUCUUUUAUAAUGGAGCCGUCCGAGGUUGAACACCCGAACGGCACCACGGAUAAAAUUUGAGAGAGAAAAUGUUUUUUAUGUGGGUGCAGGCCUUGCCAAUAAAGAGAUGUCACUGUUUAUCCACUGUCACUGGAAUUGUAUUGUGAUUAUAUGUUCAUGUUCUGUUAUUGUUUUCCAAAAUUCUCCAAACAAAGGAUUCCAAGCAAAUUGUCAUACCAAAAUAAGAUUACCUGAGAUUAAAUUUUUGUUAAACACAUUUAAAACAUCAGUGGAGCACAGUUAAUUACGUGAACAUUAUUUCUAUAGUUUUAUGUGAUUAUUUUGAGAUAUUAAGAGAUAUCCUAAAAAUAUUUUCAUUAAUAUUGUGACAAUUAUUUCAACCAACCCACCCAAUAGAUUUGUUGGUGUUCAUUACUACUGAUUACAACAUUAACAUAUGUGGAGUCCUAAAUUUCACGGUGCUCCCCUUGGACAUUACUGGAUCAGAGACUGUUUCGUUCCCAUUAAUACCCUGGAGCGAUUAUUUGUUCUCUUGUCUUCUGCUGGAGUGGAUGAAAACAAAGCUAGAUAUUUCAAUCAAACCAAUGGGCAACAAUGUGAGUUUAUAUGAUCUCUGCACUAGACAAAAUAUGAUGAAGGCAAGAGUGGAGAGGGCUUUCUUUUAAAGUAAAAAAAUAGCUUUGUAAGAUCAAGUAUCUCAGCAAAAAUGUAUUAUACUGUAAAUCAGUACGCAUGUUGUUGUUUAGAUUUUUAUGUCUUUGAAAGACAGGGAAAUCUAUUUAAUCUUUCUUUGUGCUGACACAGCCUUGAUUUAAAUGUAGGCAUAUAUGUACUACUGUCACAUAUUUGACUUUCCAAUUUAUACUGUAAUAGCCAUUUUUCUAGUUUCUACCAGCUAUUAAUCAAAUCAGAGUGCAGGAGAGGGCAUUUUCAUAAAUAUGCAAAUACAAGGUCACAUCAUCAUCUCCAUCUCUGUUUCACAUCAUAUAGGGUAGAGUCUGUGGGCCACACUGUGGACGGCUGAAAUUGACACUGAAUACAAUAUAUUGGGUGUUUUAGUCACAUUAGGUUUUUAUGGAAUGUUCUCACUGCCUCAUAGUCCUGUAUAAACUGCUGUAUAAUGUAUGCUACACUUAUCCUCGUAAGUCAGUUUAUGUCUUUGAUAUUCUCAGCACAUUAACAUUUGACCAACGGACCGUGUUUUCACCUUUGUCUAUUAGCGUCAUGGUCCUUUUGAAACCAGCAUAGACCACUUUAUCUUAACAGUUCUCUAAUAAUCGUGCCAUUAAGACAUCCUUGCAUGGCUAUGUAAGGGGAACUCGUUUGAAAGACCUUUUAUCAACACUUUUGAAGUUUACAUUAUUAUACUGUACAUCUGUAACAGGACGGAAUCAGUUCGUGAUUUUCAUGUUUUUGAAAGUUGCUUUUGAGAUUUGUUUUUACCAAAACAUGUUUUUACCUUCUAGAUUGUAUAGAGAUAAAAUUAAACACAGAUAUGUAAUACAACCUUGGCAUGCUGCUUAGAAAAGGAGAAAGAAAACAGCAAUAGUUACCAACUGAAUGGAUAUUUAAAAAUGCAAAUAACAAGUUUAA